AUGGCUUCGUUUAAUGGUUGUGAUACUAUAAACUCGUCCUUUUCGACAGUGAGGACAAAUCGGCCUCGAACGGCAUCUGACGGAAACCAACCCUCAACAAACCUUCCUGCAGAUACAGCCUCUGAUCUUUUGGCAAACGCACCCAUUUUUCAACUAGACGCAAAAACUCUUUUGCUUAGUGAUGUUGUAGAGAAUGGUUCCUGGUGGACUGGAAAUCGUACCCAUGGCACUCGUUCAAGUGAUGACUACGCAAGGGACAAAACUUUCGAAAUGGCCAGCGGAUUAACUAGCACAAAGACCCCACGUAUAAAUUGGGCUGAACUUGCCGAAUGGUAUCAAGAGAUCAUCCAUGCUGGGGAAUCAUGGAUUCAAAUGUGGGCAGAAAUGAAGCCUGAUGGAACUGACAGUCCGGGGAAACUAGCGCUAGCCCAAUUGUGGGACACUACAGAUGUUUCUCUUCUAGAUAAGGAAAUUACGGAAUCGCGAAUCCAUGCCCAGGUCACCCUGCUUAAAGUUACGGAGAAUCUACUGCAGAGACCGAGACGUCCUUUAAGGCGGCCGGACGAUAUCCGGUUCCUUUUAAUCUUACUUGAGAAUCCAUUAUUAUAUUCUUCGAGCCUGCGCAUAAACCCAGAAUCAGCACCGAUUUCUAAGACUCAGAGAAAGCCUGAUCACCACAUCCCUGAAGAUCAAAGCCAUUUCCGCCGUAUUGUGGAGCUCAUCGGUAGUUUUGUCACUUAUCGCUUAACUAGGGAUCAAAAACGACGUCGAGGCAAUGUGGGCAAACACAGGAAUGAAGAUAAUUUAGAUGAUUACGUCCCCACAUUUUCAUCUGCUGGCAACACCACUCCGGCUCAACUUCACUCUGCUAUUAAUAGAGAAAACCCCCCGAAACUUUCUCCUGGAAGCCCACAGGCUCUUACUUAUAGCAAAGACUGGCAAAUCAAAGCAGCAGCAAAAGUUAUGGCACUGUUAUUCUCAGCAAACAGUGUGACCCACAACCGGAGGUGCGAUGGACCACGACCUGGUGGAGAAGAAAUAUCGAGACUCGAUGGUCAGGGUCGUAGACACCUUAUUCCCAUUAGCGCAUUCUACAACACACUCUUGGAUUACUCUGACCUUAUUGCGGACUUUGAGGCUUGGGAGGGCCGUAAUGGUCAAUUUUCAUUUUGUCAAUACUCUUUUUUCCUAAGCAUCUGGGCAAAAAUACGGAUUCUCGAACACGAUGCCCGGCGGCAAAUGGAGGAGAAAGCGCGGGAAGCUUUUUUCGACAGUAUUUUGGGUCGCCGCGGCGUAAGCCAAUAUUUGGUGUUGAAGGUGCGGAGAGAAUGUCUGGCAGAAGACAGCCUCCGCAGUGUCAGUGAGGUAGUUGGCACCGGCCAAGGGGAAAUUAAGAAGGGCUUACGGAUUGAAUUUCUCGGCGAGGAGGGUGUUGAUGCUGGCGGCCUUCGUAAAGAGUGGUUUCUUCUUCUGGUUCGAGAAAUUUUUGAUCCUCUUCAUGGGCUUUUUGUUUAUGACGAGCAAUCACAAUACUGUUAUUUCAACCCUUACUGUUUCGAAUCAUCAGAACAGUUCUUCUUAGUGGGCGUGCUCCUGGGCUUGGCCAUAUACAAUUCAACCAUUCUCGACAUCGCUUUGCCGCCAUUUGCCUUUAGAAAGCUCCUUGCGUGUGCACCACCGAAUAACGUGCCAGCCUUAUCCACUCCCCAGCAGAGCUUCAAAUGUACUUUAGAUGACCUGGCAGAAUAUCAACCUGCUCUCGCAAAAGGUCUGCGCGAUUUACUUAAUUACGAAGGCGAUGUACAGGAAACUUUUUGCCUGGAUUUCGUGGUCCAGAUAGAACGAUACGGAGAGAGACUUGUGAUUCCACUACGUCCUGGUGGAGAAACGAGACCGGUUACUAACUCUAACCGCCGAGAAUAUGUUGACCUUUAUGUCAAGUAUCUCCUAGACACUGCAGUGUCACGUCAGUUUGAACCCUUCAAACGAGGGUUUUUCACCAUCUGCGAAGGGAAUGCGUUGCACCUUUUCCGUCCAGAAGAGAUUGAGCUCCUUGUUCGCGGUUCGGAUGAAGCCUUAGAUAUCCCAUCGUUACAGGCUGUGGCGGUUUAUGAACACUGGCAUACAGAUCACCCUGAAAAAGAGCCAGUGGUGACUUGGUUCUGGGACUUUUUCUCCCGGGUCUCACCCCGGGAUCAGCGCAAAAUACUCAGUUUCAUUACUGGUAGCGACCGUAUACCUGCUAUGGGGGCAACGAAUCUUUCAAUCCGUCUUGUGUGCCUGGGGCAAGAUUCAGAUAGGUUCCCAACUGCGAGGACAUGUUUCAAUCUCAUUUCCCUAUAUCGUUACAAAAGCCGAGAGAAGCUGGAACAGAAACUGUGGCGCGCUGUAGUGGACAGCGAAGGUUUUGGAUUAAAAUAA